AUGACAGAGAAUGAUGAGUUGCAUGCAAUACGGCCUCAAUAUUUCACACCACGCGAGGUGGCGAUUCACAACUUAGCCAAGGAUUGUUGGGUUUCAAUACACUAUCGUGUGUUUGACAUCACUCCGUUGAUAAGCGAUCAUCCAGGUGUAUUAGUUCAGCCGCUCAUACAGCACGCCGGUGAGGAUAUUUCGCACUGGUUCGAUCCACAGACAAAUGAUAUUAAAUAUUACGUAGAUCCUGAGCGAAAUGACUUUACACCUUUUGUCCCAUAUGGGCAGUUUCUUCACGUGCCUCCACCAAUAUCAAACACUCAAUGGCGUACAACAGAUUUUGUUCCAUGGUGGCGUGAUUCAAAGUAUAUUAUUGGACGGUUAACUAAGAAGACUCGCUGGCUUGAGAUUGUCAAUAUGCUUACUCAACAGCAACAUGCACUCGAGGUAUGCUGCGAAGAAACGAUCUCUGAGAUUCAGAAGCGAUAUCUUUACUUUAAUGCACACGCUGGAAGUUACACGUGGAAGUAUCUCGAGGGUGAUGGAUUUGUGCCUUUGAAAAUGCAGUGCACGCUCGAAGAAAACGGCAUUGUGGACGAAACGCCUUUGUUUGAGCAAUUUGACAUGGACGAGCAAUUGUACAAGCCUAUUCUUCAUAUUUACUUUAACGAUGAUCUCACCGUCAUGUAG